AUGACUGCUAUUGAGAACGAUGUGGGUGGUAAGCCCGAGACGGUUUCCAUCUCACCUUUGCUGAACCGCCUGGCCUACCCCGCUACCGGGGGUACCAGAGCCAAUGCUGAUGAUAUCGCGUCGGCCUUUGCUCUGAUAUUUGAAAACCGCCUUUCCGAUAUCCAAACUGCUGCCCUUUUAACCCUUCUUCACUCUACUGGUCAAGACCGGAAUGCCGACGUCAUCGCGAAAUGCUCCCGCCGCAUGAGAGAAGCAGCUUGCCCCAUUGAGAAGAAGAGCCUGCAGAGUGCCGUGAAGAAGCGCGGUCAGAGCCAUGGAAACUACCAUGGUGGAUUGUGCGACAUUGUCGGAACCGGCGGUGAUGCACACUCGACCUACAACGUGUCUACAACGGCAUCUAUCAUUGCCUCUGCCUUUCUCGUCACCGCAAAGCAUGGAAACCGUGCCCAGACCUCCUUCUCCGGUUCCGCCGAUCUUCUCAGGUCCAUUGCGCCGAUUGCGCCCAACAUUGAUGCUGUCACCGCUGAGAACAUCGCCCAGGUCUACGAGAAGACAAACUACUCGUUCCUGUACGCCCCCAACUUCCACCCUGCUAUGGCUUAUGCAAGCGCUGUUCGUCGCGGCCUCGGUCUUCGAACAAUCUUCAACCUAAUGGGUCCAUUGGCGAACCCCAUUGAGUGGGGCAUUGAGGCGCGAGUUGUCGGCGUGGCUUACCAAGCCCUGGGCCCCGUCUUCGUUGAUGCCCUUAAACAAGCUGGUUCUAAGAAAGCCUUGGUGGUGUGUGGCGAGGAAGAUAUGGAUGAAAUCAGUUGUGCUGGACCCACAAACUGCUGGAGAAUUACAUCACGCCCCAACCCAGACUACAAUUCUUCUGAGGAUGACGACGAGUCAAGCGAGGAUGAAGAGAACCCCCCGAACCAUCAGGUUCAUGGGCGCAAGAUGCCCGAGGAAAACGCUCGCAAGCUAAUGACCAUUCUUCGCAACGAGCUGCCUAGCGACAGCCCUCUUCUGGAGUUUGUGCUGAUGAACGUUGCCGCUCUGCUUGUGACCUCCGGCAUUUGUGAGUCCGAUAACUCCAACAUGGGUCCUGGUGAUGACGGAAAGGUUAUCACCGAGCGUGGUCCGGGCGGCGGACGUUGGAAGGAGGGUCUGCGCCGAGCUCGAUGGGCGAUCGAGAGUGGCAAGGCUCUUGAACGGUUGGAGCAGUUCAUUGAAGUUACAAACAAGCUGUAA